GUAAUGUUCAGAGUACACUCCCAGCGUCGAACUCAAAGGUUACGUGUGCUGCCUCCAGGUCGGACCCGGACCCUUCACCUGGACACUUCCCACAACGCUUCAUGUCUCCCCGAUUCAUCCUCAUUCCGGCCGAUUGAGUGCAUGAAAUGUACUGGAAAUGUUCUCGGCACGCUACCGAUUUACAUUACGAGUGCAGUGACAUGUGUCUACACGUUGGGGCUAUUCAACUCUAACGGCAACCAAACAUCACGCCCGAAAAAACGAUAGUGUGAAUCCGGAAGUAAGACAAGCCAUGCAAGCUUGACUAAGAGCAUCGUGUUGAUAUUGAAAGAUCAUUCAAAUUUGUUCUACAUAGUCGUUUACGGAAUCAACAUGACCAAGUUUGCAUCAUCAACAACCUGUCCAGUGCCUUGUUCUUCAACGCACGUUACUCCAACGGCUACCACUAUACGAAUUUCAAAGUUACCAAAAGCCUAAAUUCGACUAACCGACAAGUUCAAGCCCGGAUAUGUGCGAGAAACGCACGACAUGACCCACAACCAUAGUUACCAUCAGGGAAGCGAAGAAGCAGAAAGUCAAAAAGGAAAAAAAGGGACCCACUCUCCCUGCUUUCCGUUCCCAGAGAAAGCGUUGUCCCGAAUACCCAAAAAGCAGGGUCCGAAUAUCGGCGUGGUCUCAUCUUCCGAUUUCGCAUGCUCUCUCUAUAUCAAGCAACUGCUGCGCCGAUCCUACUCAGGAAAAUCGACCACCGCAAAUGUUUCACGGCAUUCCCAUUUAGCAAGCAUCAAUCGCAUCCAUCGCAUCGAUCCGUCAGAUUCCCAUGCAAGCCCCGACGGCGGCAUCCUCCGCCCCUGGAAAAAACUCCAAAAGCGCAAGAUCAUCGAAGAACAUCAAUCUGCAUGUAUGAAGUCUGGGAUAUCCGACCCUUGUCAUCCCCCUGCACCGCUAGUCCGCACGGAACCCUCCGUACCCGAAAACCCCUCUCCACAAUGUCAGCACCCAUGUCCAUACAGGAAAAUCACGAUCGACAUAACAAAAUCAAGGAAACCAGCAUUGCACCGACCAUGCUACUCUGAGUCCUCUCAGCCAGCCGCUGAACCCACCCAAGACGGCUUUCAUGCAUGUACGCAAUCAUCCAUGGGGGGAAUCUGAAAUCCAGAGAUGUGCUGCCAAGUUCAGGCCCACCGCGAACGAGAACAACACCAACACGACCCAGAUCUCUGAAUCCCUCGGAGCACAUCACAUCCUCGGAGCGGACCACCUGCCUACCACGUCCAUAAUUACCGAGCACGAUGUGCGAAUCUAUCAGUGGAAGAGGUCGGCGAUGUCGAUGAAGCAUUUCUUGGUCCUAGCUGGCCAUGUAGGUCCCACGGCCCGACCGGUGAGAUCGUCCUGGGCAGGCGAAGAAAAAAACACGAACACAUUCAUGUACGCAAAUGUAUACAAACAGCGCAUAGCAAACUAAUGCGCCUUGUAAUUGCGCGGUAAUCCUCAUUGACAAUUGUCUCGCCAUCCCCCGUCAACGGUCCCUGUCAAACCAACGCAAGGCAACGCUCUGUCGUAAUAGCAAGAUCGACAUAACACCUCUGUGUGCAUCGAUUUGGCAGCAGGAGACUUACCCUUGCUGAUGCGCUCUUCCGCAAUCCCCGCAGGAAUCAUCCAUCCAUCACCCCGCACAUCUCAUUUUUACUGUGCCUCUCUUUUACCCAGACGCUGGCUGGCCACUCACCCAUCCUUGGCUCUUCGCGCAGCAUAACAAAUAACGCACAGAGCACAUAUAGUUUUCGCGUUGUGGAGGAUAUUGGAAUCCUGCAGAGGCUUGUGUCUGACAUACAGAAGCGCUAGAAUUCAGGCAAAGCUUCCACAUCGCAGAAGAAUGUAACACGCGCAUUUUUCGAUGAGACAUGGAUGACGAACUCCACCCCCCUUCGCUCCUCGGCAUCUUACCCAGCAGAAGAGAGAGAAAAAGAGACACCAUACCCAUAUCUCUCACAUAUAACCCCACCUUCUCACAUAUACGAGGCUUACCUACAGCAGUAGUACGUCGUUUCAAUUUCUCAUAUUCUUUCAGAAAACGCCCAGAAAAAUUGCCCAGUACGUAUAGAGGUACCCAAGUACAUCUCCGGAUCCGGAAUUUCUC